UUCCUAGUGAUGAGGAUCACGAUCCUCGUUGGUGCGUAGUGGCGGGUGCAUUGUGUCGUUCUGUGCUUACCGUGCUAAUGAGUUGAACGUCUCGCGGUUUUUUAGUGUUAUGAGUGCGGAAAGCGGAACUUAAGAUCCAAAGGAUAUAAAACGGCAAGCAAGGGUGCAACGAAAGACUUACGAAGAUUUUGGUGGAAGAGUCGUUUACGAUAGUUUAGUUUUUACCGGUGUACGGAAUCAGUUGUAAUUUGUGGCGCGUGUGGACUGUUUACCGCCUAUUGUUUGUAUUGAAAAAAGUUGGAAAACCCCUUUCUCAGAUCGCGGAAAACAGAUAUCGAUGCGAAAACUGCUGGCACAUAUUCGAUUCAUUUGAAGCGCAAUUACCGCAUGAUGAUAGCUUGAAAUAGCGUGCUUUGAUUGCAAUCGCUGAACGGGAGAUCGAGAAAACUAGUAAGCCGUACGCACACCGUCGAUAAGGCAAAACUAUGACAACCACUCCGGUUUUUCCGUUGGAUGCCGGGCAAAAACGAAUCAUCAAGCUCGGUUUUCUGGGGCUGAUCUUCAUCGCGAUGGGUUGCACCGUUGUCGUGCUCAACCCAACGGAUUUGAUAGUGACAAAUAUGCUAUCGAUGUACGAAGGUUCCUAUCUGCACCGACUGUGGAAAAAGCCACCGUUGGAUGUGUUCAUCAGUAUCUAUGUGUUCAACGUGACCAAUGCCGAUGCCUUUCUGCGUGGUGAGGAAAAGCUCCGGUUGGUGGAGGUCGGUCCUUACGUGUACCAAGAAUAUCUGGAAAAUCACAACUCAACUUUCAACGCGAAUGGAACCCUAAGUUUUACACCCGUCCGGCGGCAAAAGUUUAUCCUGGAGCGUUCGGUUAGUGAUCCUCGGAGUGAUUUGAUCAUAAUGCCAAACAUCGCACUGCUGGGAGUAUCCAGUGCAGCAUAUCAAAUGUCGACGUGGGCUGCGCUGGCCGUAGCAGCCGCACUCAAACCGAUCGGUAUGCGUCCAUUUCUGAACAUCAGCGUUCACGAUCUACUCUGGGGGUACGACGAUCCGUUGGUCAAACUUGCCUCGACGCUUCUGCCGGAUAUUAUAAACUUCAAACGAAUCGGAAUUCUCGAUCGAAUGUUCGACGAUGGUUACGAUACGGUCACCAUAAAUCUCCCCGAAUCGGUGCAGAACCUGCGUAAGGCUAAGGUCGUCGCCGAUGUCGACAGUGACGAAAUGGAUCUCGUGGAGGACGACUACUUUGCCGGAGAUGUGUUGCAAAUUGUAGCCGAGGAAGAGAAGGAAGAGGUAGAUGAGAUCAUUCGGAACUAUUCGAUCGAUUUGUGGAACGGAUCGCCUGGUCUAGCCCACUGGGGCUACGUCGGAAAGGAUCACUGGGAUGCGAGUCGAAGAAACACUCCAUGCAAUACCUUGCAGGGUUCAUACGACGGGACGGUGUUCCCGCGCAACAUUUCCAAGACUGAAGUAUUCAGGGUAUACCGGAAGGCUUUCUGCCGAACGCUUCCAAUCGCUUUCGAGCGGGAAGGCGAACACGACGGUAUCCAGGCCUACUGGUUUGCAAUUCAGGCGAAUGCCUUCGAGAGUUCGAUGGAUGAUCCAUACAGUUCAUGCUACUGCCGGAACGGUAAAUGUCUGCCCAAAGGUCUGGGAGACUUGGGUCCCUGUUGGUACAACAUACCCGUGGCCGUAUCUUUGCCACACUUCUACAAUGGAGAUCCAGUUCUGGUGGAAGGAGUCGAUGGACUGAAACCGGAAAAGGAGAAGCAUGAAGCGAUUAUUAUUAUGCAACCGCAACUGGGAAUUCCUAUGCAAGCGAAGAUUCGACUUCAGAUCAGUUUACUUGUCAAUGUCAGUUUCAACACAGAACUGCGGCCGUUCCAUAACCGAGUGAUUCCACUGAUUUGGGCUGAAGUGGCGGUCGAGAAGCUUACACCGGACAUCGUGAUGUGUCUGCACCUGCUGUUCGACAUUGCACCGUACCUGCAGAAUGGGUUUGUGUAUCUGCUGUGGUUGCUGGGGGUUUCGCUGCUCGCCACCACGGCGCUGAUGUUGCUCUGUUCGCGCCAUGCAACACUCGAGUACGACCCGCGCAAGUCGAUCCGAUACUCCACGGUCAACAUGAUACCGUAUCCGUUGCGGAAGGAGCUGGAAAAGUAUGGCGAUGGUGAAAUCCGUCGGGAGGCACUGCUGAUAGAGAACGAGGCGUAGCGGAUUGCGGGCGGCAGAACCUGGAGGAAUCUUAACGAUUUUGCCCGGUGGGUGAGAUCUGUGAACACACACUAUUCUUAUAGAAUAACUUAGUCAUUGUGAUAGUUAAGACCUAGCUUUACGGGCUUGCAGCUGAAAUUCGAUCGUGACAGUGAGCAGCUUCAUCCAUUCAUUGAAAUUGAAAAUUUAUGUAUUUAUUUCCUGUAUGUUGCUGAAUUGGGACCAUCCUUAAAAUAGUUUAAAACUGUGAUUCCUAUUAAAACGAUAAGCUAUGAAUUCUACUUUAUUGUACGCUUCUGGGGCAGUACCUAACAACAAACACGGUUUCAGCGAGCGGAAUUCUUUCGAUACUUAAGGAUAAAAGGUGUUAUAAUAAACCAGCUGGUCGGGUAUAAAAUAGACGCUACUCUAAACGUUUCCGUUCCAUGACAGUAUGAGCAAUAUAAUUAAAUGCAUGUAUUAAAAUUCA